GUCAAUGUCAAUGUCAAAUCAAAAUAUUGUGUGACACGUACAUCACAUCAUUUAAUUUAAUUUACUGUUUGCGACUUUCCAAUGUAAAAAUUCGCCAAAAAAUUCACAUGUACCGACACACAAAACCCGCGACAUAAUGUCGGACAAAAGUUUCGGUGAUUAUAUCAAUCGGAAUGUAGUGAAAAACCCUCUUUUGUCGACCGCAGUUGUGGGCCUCUCCAUUGAAGAUUUGACGCAGAAUGCUGUACUGUUACCCGCCGUACCCAGCCAGGAAUUGGUCAAAACACAAGAUGAACAAAACGAGAGCCAGAUGAGAUCCUUGUGGCACUCCGACCACAACGUAACAGCUUUAUCGGGCGACACGCACUCCAUCACACCACAGCAACAGAGCACACCAAUGAAAAGUAUACACACAAUAAACAAUAAUAAAAACACGCAAAACGAGAAAAACAACGAUAUGCAUACCAUAUCAAAAGCUUCUGUUAAAACUACAGACGAUUUCGACGUGAACGAAUAUUUCGCAAGACUACAAGGUACGAGAUACGUGAGCGCUCCACUGAACAGCAACGUGACAGAACAGAACGCAAAUUUACAAGCAGAAGAGAACCUUGAGGAGAUCAACUUGAAUGACUCCGUAGAACCAGUGGGUUCAGAGAAUGUACAACAAAGUAUAACAGCUGAUAUUGCACAGAAUUUUUCUCAAUUACCGAAUGUUUUGCCGCACGUAGCGAGUGCAGUGUUCAGUUCUUUCAGUAAUAUGUUGAGUUUGAAGAGUAGAGAGGUUACGCCAGAUGAACCCAAGCAUGAUGCACGUAAAGCUGAUGCUGUGAAUGCUUCUACUGUGCCUGAGCCGCCGGUUGCUGUGGCGCCGCCUCCGUUGAAGGAACCACCGACGACUGGUACAACUUCAAACUACAGAAUAACGACGAGAAAGAAAGUAUACGCACAAGUACCGGGGCUGAGUUCUGGAGAUAACCAAAACAUACAGACGUUCAAACCAGGGCCAAGCACGCAAAAUACACCAUCAUUUUUCAUACCUGAUCCUAACAUAGCUAACGUAGCGUAUGAUGGAAGUAAUAUUGGAGCUACGACAACAUAUGAUAUGCAAACUCCAGUCACAGAUAACAUAAAAACAGAAAAUAUAUACAAGACUAUAGCAAUAGAUAACGUUGACAAAGGUUCAUAUGAACCAACUCAAAUAACUAUGGAAAAAACUGAAGAUAAUAAUAAUAAAACAAAUAUAACAGCAACUGUACCUUUGGUAUCAGAUCAAACAGGAUUUAAUGCAACAGCUAAUCAAACUAAUACAACCACUUACAUACCAACUCAAAUAGUUGCUGAAACUGCGAAUGAUAAUAUAAAUGUACACAAUCCGGUGAUUGCUCAAAGUGGUGCAAACUUAAAUAUUCAAUUUACACAAUAUAAUUUUGACACUGGGCAUGCAGCUGAAAGACAACCUGGUUUAUUUACAAAAAAUAAUGCAAAUAACGCAAUAACAUUCGAAGAACACAAUUUUCCAUCGCCCAUAAGCAGCUUUAAUCCUAUACCUGAUAGUAGAUUUGAACCACUACCGCCUCAAACAACCGGAGUUAUUCCACCGCCACCUAUGUUCUCGAAUAUACCGCGGAGUGACGGUCCUACGACUGUAGGAAAGUCAGUUUUACCACCAUCAGUAGCUAGGCGUAUUUCUGCUAAUCAUCCGAUAAUAAAACCACAAGCUUUACCAAGUAUGGCUCCGCACGGCAACAUCUUCAUUCCUUCAGCUCCAUUUGAACCAGAACCACAACAGUUAGCCUCAUCGUAUAAUUCACCCAACCCGCAUCUGCAACCUGCAAAUAUAGAACAUUUUAGCUCAGACAAAUUGGAAUCUAUUACACAAACUAAUUUACAGACUCAAACGUUACCCCCAGCAAAUAAUCCAGAAUCAUCAAUGCAAAUACCAUUACAUUCUUCAACUCCAUCACAUGAUUUGUUGAUAUCUAAUUCUUCAGUGCAUGUAAAGUCUACGUUACCAGAAACAUCCACAUCUAUACCACAUGUUCCAAAAGAAUUAUCAUCAAUACCUACGGUAAAUCCUUUUUUUGACAAAGAAGCAGGAAAGAUGAUUACUGGACCUCCUAAAACAAUUCAACCAACAAGUAGACCGAUUACUGAUUCGAAUAAUGUUAUGAAAGCGAAGGAAGCAAAUACAAUUAUGUUUGGUCAGUACUCAAAUGAAACCUCGCUUCAAACAACGGUUUCUCAACAAAUAACAGGCGAACAUACAAGUAUUGCACCGCCUAUGUUUAUCAAUCCUUCUACACUAAACAUUCCUACUACACAAAAAGCGAAAGAAGACAUACAAAAAUACCAAGAUGCCGCAACUCAGGAUAAGCUAACACAGUCCAUGAUAAAUGCACCAUCUGAACUUCUUAAAGAGACAUUGGAACCACCGAAAAUAUCAGGAAAUCUUAGUUAUAGACUGACAAAGAAAAAACCACAGUAUUAUUCAGGUCCAAUUGAAGGUGUUGGUAACAUAAGUAAUAAUAUAAAACCGGUACUAAAUCCUAUUGGAUAUACCUCAUUUCAAGGUGCUAUUUUUACGCCUGGACAAAUUGUAGAAUCUACAAACCAAAAUAUUGCAACAACAGCAUUGACCGACGCUCCUGAAAACGCAAUACCAUUUGAUCUGACUGUGCCUACAGCAGGGUCAAGUUUCUACCCUGGUGAUAUAUUUACUCCAGACCAAAGUGUACCACCCUUGACCCAAGAUUACAGUUUACCUAGUACAUUUGAACCUCCGACUUCGUUUGAUUUAAAUAAAUCUACAGCAACAGUAUACCCAACGUUUGGUGCAAACGAACGAGCAGAGCAGAAACCAUUAAUGUAUAGUGAAUUUAACACAGUUUUCGACUUGAGUAGGCAAACUACUGAAAGUUAUGAAGAAACUCCUCAAGAGUCAAAAAGUUUCGGCAUAAUUGGAUCGUUAAAAUCUAAACUUAGUUCCAUAGAUAUUAAUAAGAUCCAAAAUACCGUUACAACCUUCUUUGAUCCCGCAUAUAAUGACACGAAAGUUGAAGAAAAGAAACAUGACAAUUUAUCAUAUUAUGAUAACACUUUAUCUGUUGGAAGUUAUCAAAAUUUUUCAUCUCCCGAAAGUGCUCAUUUAGAAGUAUAUCAUGAUCCUAAUAUUCCUAGUGUUAUUCAACAACAAGUGAACCCUAAUUUAAACAGUUAUCAGACAGACUCUUCACAAUUUAUGAUACAACAGCAGUAUCAAACGCAAGACUAUUUUAAUCAAGCACAAAAUUACCAUAAUACUAAUUAUCCACAAUGGGAUGGCAUGUACCAGCAAACACCAUCUAACACAGUUAAUCUGUUAGCACAUUCGGCGAAUAAAUUUGAAGACAUCAACAAAAGUGAAACAGUUACUUCAAAAGGAAUGGAGGAGUAUUUAAAUACGCCACUGCUAUCUUCAGACACUACCAUAAAAACCGAUGCGGAACAGCCUCCCAGAGACGAUGAAUAUGAAAAAGUCGUUAAUGUUUCACCAUUGACAGAAUGCAUACCAUUAAAUACCUCGGGUAAUCUAGAACAAGUAUUAAAAACUGGCCAAGAAAUCUGUACUGACAAAAUUGAUAUCCCGACAAGUAGUUCAGUAGAAAUAUUUGAACAAUCUGAAAUGUCUAGUGAUCCUUCGUCAUUUUUUAGUUAUUCAAAAGAGGAGCCACAUUCACUAUUAGAAACGAAUUCUUCUAAGGAUAAGGAACUAGCUCAUAACAUUAAAGUAUUUUCAGAUAUUUCCGCAGAAAAUUUUUUUGAUAGACAUCAGCCCCAAGAGUAUUUCAUUACAAACAAACUUCCUGAAAAAGAGAGGGGAAUACAACCUUAUACUGGAUUCGGAGAAAUACUGCACAAAUCUACUUUAAAUUAUAAUAUUUCAUCAAACCUUGGCUAUGAUUAUCAAUUUCCUACUCAUAGCAACGAUAAUAUAAGCAGUAGUGGAUUGCAAAGUCUUUUUGGCACACCCAGUACAGCUGAUUCGAAUACAAAAGAAAUUUUAACAACUGUUGUAUUGCCCGUUUUGCAAAAUUUGUCCGAUGAUUUAGUACCACCAGAGUAUUUAGAUGAUAGCGUAAAAGAUCAAUCUCCUUCCAGCCUUAAAGAUAAAAUUACAGACGAUAAUAAAGAAACAGACAAAGUGAGCCAUCAUGCUUACACACUCUUUAACUUUGGUCAGUCAGAUAAUGCCUCUGCACCAUACGAAAAUAUAAAAAAUAUUGAAGAAAAAUUGGGCAAAGUGGAUAUAAAUGAUGAUUCUCAGAACUUAUUAAACCAGAUAUCAACUACUAAUCUUUUUGAAAAAAGUGUGCCGAUUACAGAGGAUUCGCAGCAAGUGUCUGAAUUAAGUAUUUGUGAAACGUGUCGGGAGUUUAAUAAGCCGGAAGACAAAGAUUCGGAAGAUUUAACUAUGCAAUUAGUAGAAAAUAUAACAGCCCCAAUACAAUUGGCUAACCCAGUUGAAUAUUCGUUAGCUAGUAGUUUUACUGCCGAUAAACCUGAAAUUUCUCAUAUAACUGAAGAUAUUAUUGAAACAAUGAAAUUACCAUCGCCUGUGCCAUUAAUAGACGAUAUUAGUGUCAAUUCAAACAUAAAUUAUGGGUGGUCAACCAACGAAACUCAGUGUUUGACUCUUCAUGGCCAUGACUAUGGCUUUUCACCAGAUCCUCUUUCUAUGGGGUUCUUUCAAGAUAAAACAUCGAUAUUUGAGAACAUACCCACUAACGCCAGCGAUGAAAUAAAAGCUGAAUAUAGGAUUUCUCAAGAAGAUACCUUGUUAAUAUACCCACCGCUAAACAUACCUACUGCACCUCCCGAAGAAGAUACAAAGUCAGAUGAAAGUGGCUUAGACGUGCAUUCUAUUGAGCAAGACGCUAAGAAAGACUUUCCUCUUUACGAAGAGUUUACAAUAGAGCCAUCUGAAACGGACGAUGAUAAAAUAGAGUAUAAGGAACGUGAAAGGAGUUCAGACGAUCCAAUACCAGAUGCUGAUACGUUCACCAAUCGGGUAGAGAGGUAUAAGAAAAUGGAAACCAAUCCGGAACCGGAAUUUUUUGAUUUGAAAAAAGAUUUACCAUUUGAACUACCGACGUCAACAAGUCCAGCUUUGACUAUAGCUUCGUAUUUCGACACAGGCAACUAUGCAGUUGAAAAUCAUUACAGGAAUACAUUAAACUCUCCGUCCACUGUAACUUAUUCCGUCAACUGUACACCAAUGCGUAUUCCACCGGGUUUCGAAGAGGAAUACAAACGUCGUUUGAGCAUCGCCGGUGGUCUUCCCGUAUUCAGCAAUCAAAAUAUCAAUCCUUCUACCAUCACAUUACCAAAUGUUACUUAUCUAACAGAUAGUUCAGACAGUAAAAGAGCCCCAUACACAGAAAUUCCGAGUGUGCUGAUGGUUGCUGACGUUAAAAAUUUGGUUAAAAAGAUUAUAGAAGAUUCAUCAGUGACAAUUACUGAGAGGUUGCCAGCGUUCUCAAAUAUUGUUGAACAAAAUAUAGAAGAAAAACAAGAUAAGCAUGUAGAUAAAUUAGCAAUUGAAAAAGAGCCUCCGAAACCUAUCCAGCCAAAAGUUGAACCGAUCGCGGAUCCCAAUAGUUUCUUUUCAUCAAAUUUGGAUAGCAUAGACAACACAGACUCGUAUACCUAUAGUAGACUAUCCAGGAAUAUAGAUAAAUCGGCAAUUAAAGAUGAACCUCAGAAACAUAUGCAACCACAGGUUGAAUUACUUCCAGAUCCCAAUAGCUUCUUUUCAACAAAUGUAGAUUGUAUAGAAAAUUCAGAUGCGCGUAACUUUAGCAGACAAUCCAGGAACAUAGAUAAACCAGCAAUUGAAAAAGAACGUCAGAAACCAAUACAACCAACGAUUGAACCGAUCACGGAUCCAAAUAGCUUCUUUUCAUCAAAUGUAGAUAGCAUAGAAAAUUUAGAUGCUUAUAACUUUAGUACACUAUCCAGGAAUAUCGAUAAAUCAGCGAUUGAAAAAGAACCUCCGAAACCUAUACAGCCAAAGGUUGAACCAAUCACGGAUCCAAAUAGCUUCUUUUCAUCAAAUGUGGAUAGCAUAGAUAACGCAGACGCGUAUAACUAUAGUGGACUAUCCAGGAAUAUAGAUAAACCAGCAAUUAAAGACGAACCUCAUAAACCUAUCCAACCAAAGGUUGAAUCACUGCCGGAUCCCAACAGUUUCUUUUCAACAAAUAUAGAAAGCACAGAAAGCUCAGACGCGUUUAACCAUAAUAGACUAGAACCCCAGAAACCUGUACAGCCAAAAGUCGAAUCACUCCCGGAUGCCAAUAGCUUCUUUUCAUCAAACGUAGAAAGCACAGACAGCUCAGAUGCGUACAACUAUAGUAGACUAUCCAGCUACUUCAAUAGUCCACCCAAACCAGAUCACUCAAAAUCUUUUUUUGAAUUAAGCCAAUCACAAGACCACUAUAGGCACAAACCUAAAACUGAUGCUUACGAUUCAAUACAGCAAAACGUCAAAAGCUUUUUUGAUACACAGACAAAUGUACCAAAUGAUGAAGCUUCGAACAUUCCAGAAAACGCAAAUAUAAGUUUAAUUCGCGAUUUGACGUCAUUUAAAAACUUCACUCCAGACGAAGUAGAUAAAACUGUCAAUUAUUUCAACAUAGUGCAUAAAAUUAUUAAUUCUGAAGAAGUAAAUAUAGGUGAACCAAAAUCUGCAAAUUUAGAUAAAAUCGAACGCCUAGAAACAGACAAAAAAGAUAAAGAUUUAAAAAACAAUCAAUUAGGAGACGUUAGUGAUGAUUUAAAAUUUGAGGAUAUUGUAAAAAAUUGUAAAUAUUGCUGUGGCAUGACCAAAAACUUUUCUAAAGUAGAUUUUGAUAGUUUGAAAGUGAGAAAAGGGAUGGAUAACAAGUGUGAUACAAAUAAAGAGGGAUGUAGUUUGAAUGAAAAAAAAGAUGGCGGAGGAAAAAGGGGGAUGACAGUUAACUUCGUGGACCAAACGUUUGAUGACAAUAGUGAUAGAAUCGUAUCGAUGAGCGAGAACCGCUCUUCGCCGGACUAUUCGCCCGUCAAGCACCACUGGUUCUACCGGGUGGACUAUGAAGACAAGUCAAUAUGGCGGGGGUUCUCUUUUGGGGACUCUAAAGCUUUGGAGGAUGCGUACAAUAGCCCUGACCUUAACGAGAACACGGUAGUUGCAACGGACGGCGGUCGUUUCGACGUCAACGUAAUGGGACGCAUCAGGACGGCUGUGUAUUGGACAGACAAACCUACCAAUGUCAUGAGAUGCAGUUGGUUCUACAAAGGCACGGCGGUGCCCCGAUAUAUCCCUUACACGGAGACUGUGGCCGAGAAGCUAGAGGAGAUGUACCGCAGCAGCGUGAGCUCGGGCGAGUGGCACCGUCGUCUGAUGCUGCCCAACGAGGAGAUGGUGGUGAUGCACGGCCCCUCGGUGAUGGUGCAUUUUCUGCAGACUGCUGACGCCUUCACCUCCACGCCGUCAAUGCGUCAGCGGGUUGUAAGAGGUUGCGUCGAAUCGGAAAUAGAGGAUACGGAACCAUCGAGCAUAGACCACCUGCUGCUGAUGUGUCAUGGCGUCGGCUCCGCGUGUGACAUGCGCUUCCGGUCUGUAGAGGAAGUUGUGGAUGACUUCAGAUCUACAAGUUUGCAACUCGUGCAAGCACAUUAUAAGAACUCCUAUGACAAUGGCCUGGUUGGUAGAGUUGAGGUGCUUCCAAUAUCCUGGCAUUCCAGCUUACAUUCCGGCGAGACGGGCGUGGACACGCGGCUGGCGGCGGUGACGCUGGAGAGCAUCCCACGAUUGAGGAACUUCACCAACGACACGCUGUUGGAUGUCCUGUUCUACACCAGCCCUGUGUUCUGUCAGACGAUCAUAGACACUGUGUGCAGUGAACUGAAUCGAAUCUACGCGUUGUUCAAGCAGAGGAACCCUGGAUUCGAGGGUGGUGUGUCUUUAGGUGGUCACUCGCUGGGCAGUGUCAUUUUGUACGACCUUCUGAGUCACCAGGUACCUCAGGAUGCAGGCAAACCAGUGUCGACAGACAAGACGUAUGUGACAGGAACGGCCGGUACCGGCCAGCCGUGCGUGAAGUACCCUCGUCUGGACUUUGACCCUGAUACCCUGUACGCUUUGGGCAGCCCUAUUGCAAUAUUCGAAUGCAUCCGUGGUGUCCACACGCUCGGCCUGGACUUCUGUUUGCCGACGUGCAAAAAUUUCUUCAACAUCUUCCAUCCGUACGAUCCCAUCGCUUACAGAUUGGAACCCAUGGUGAACCCAGUACUGCGAGAUGUCAAGCCGUUUUUGAUUCCACACCAUAAGGGGCGGAAACGGAUGCACUUAGAGCUGAAGGACACGAUGGCGCGAGUGGGCGCCGACAUCAAGCAGAAGCUGCUGGAGUCCAUCAAGAGCACGUGGUCCAGCAUGUGGAAGACGCAGCCUCCUCCUGACACGCAUCUCGAGAAGGUGGUUGAAGAGGAAAUGGAGAAAGAGCAAUUGAACGCCGAAUGCAGCAAAGAAGACCAAAUACAAGAAAAUGAGGUAACACCAGACAUGCUGGGCCGACUCAACGGUGGUAGACGUAUAGACCACGUGCUGCAAGAGGCGCCCUUCGAGAUGAUCAACGAAUAUCUGUUCGCUAUGAGCAGUCACGUGUGUUACUGGGAGUCUGAAGACACCAUGCUGGUGAUGCUGCGAGAGAUAUACAACGCUAUCGGCGUGGUGCCCGACUGCAGCGUACCGCAACGCACGCUCACCGUGCACAGGAGCAGAGUACCGGAGGAUUACGUCACUUUGUCAUCGCCAGACUCCCCGUCGACCAGCCGCGGUGCUUCGUGAUUAAUUUUUAGUUAAUUUCCAACAAACUUCAUAUUAAAAUUACGCCAUACUUAUUAUAUUUGUAAACCAUACACCCAACUAAUAGCGUAACUGACACUUUUGGCGUAAGUGACACCAAUGAUAGGUACUCGUAUCUUGUGCAAUUGGCGUGUUAGUCACAAUUUGGUGUAAAUGACUAGGUGUAUAAACUUUUAAGUAAUAUUACUGACACAACUGAAGUAACUGGCACUAUUGAUGUAACUGACACCAAUCCACGCAACUGAUGCAAAUGGCGUGUUAGUCAACAUUGGCUUAAGUGACUGUAAGGGUAUCAUUGGCGUAAAUCACACCAAAAGUAUUAGUAACAGAAGCACAAUACUUGUUAUUCAUCAAUGUCAUAUUAGUCAACAUUGCCGUAGGUAUCAAGUGGAGGCAGUAGCAGAAUAAUGUCGUAACUGACACCUUGGGGUAACUUACACCAAUGGUAUGCUUAGCUGACGCAAAUUGCUUUUUAGUAAUAAUGUCGUAUUAGUUACCAUUGGCAUAAGUGAUGCAAGUGGUGAAUCGAGGCAGUGGUAGAUGAAUGUCGUAACAGACACCAUUGGUGUAACUUGCCACACUGUUGUAAUGAAUACCAUUGGCGUAACGUACACCAAAGAUAUUCAUAACUGACGCAAACUGCUUGUUAGUCAUCUAUGUCGUAUGAGUCAACAUUGGUGUAAGUGAUGCAAGUGUUGAGUCGAAGCAGUGGCUGAUGAAUGUCGUAACUGACACCAUUGGUGUUACUUGCCACAUUGUUGUAGUGAAUACCAUUGGUGUAACUUACACCAAAAGUAUUUAUAACUGACGCAAAUUGCUUGUUAGUUAUCAAUGUCGUAUGAGUCAACAUUGGCGUAAGUGAUGCAAGUGUUGAGUCGUGGCGGUGACCUAUGAAUGUCGUAACUGACACCAUUAGUGUAUCAUGUCACAUUGUUGUAUUGACUACCAUUGGCGUAACGUGCACCACAGGUAUUCAUAACUGACGCAAACUGCUUGUUAGUCAUCUAUGUCGUACGAGUCAAUAUUGGCGUAAGUGAUGCAAGUGUUGAGUCGAGGCAGUGGCUGAUGAAUGUCGUAACUGACAUCAUUGGUGUUACUUGCCACAUUGUUGUAGUGAAUACCAUUAGUGUAACUUACACCAAAAGUAUUUAUAAUUGACGCAAAUUGCUUGUUAGUUAUCAGUGUCGUAUUAGUCACAAUUGGCGUAAGUGACAGAUGAAUGAUGAUGAUAAAUUAUUUUUUCUGUUUUGUUAAGUUUUCACAAUCGCCAAACAAUUGAAAUAAAUCUAUACUAAUAUUAUAAAUGCGAAAGUCUGUCUGUCUGUCUGUUACCUUUUCACGGAUAAACGGCUGAACCGAUCAAGAUGAAUUUUAAUAUAAUGGUAAAUGGGACCUUGGAGCAAAACAUAGGGUACUUUUUGACCCUAAAAUAAAAAUGAAAGGGGAUGAAAUAGGGGCAGAAAGUUUGUAAGUCCUUCAUUUUUAGAGUUACAGUUUUAAAAAUUAGUUCAUAAUUCAUAAAAAAAUUAAAAUGUGAUUUAAGAUUUUUUCGAAGUCGCGGGCGUCCGCUAGUUUGUCUAUAUUUAAAAAUAUGUCCAAAGUAAAGGAGUUGGAAAUGAAUAUUUGUAUUUAUGAAAAUUAUCUGUUAUAGACAAAUUCUUUGAUUGAGACCUCGACUGCAGAGUACAGUGGCGGUCACUAGGUUUGUGGUUAGGGUGAGCUCUAUACGUACAAAUUGUACAGAAUAGAAAAUUUCUACUAAAAUACAGGUGAGUCGUUAAUAUUCAUGAUGAAUGUUUCACUAUAAUUCAAUUUCCCGGGGGAUUAUACUUUUUUCAUUAAUUAAAAUUCAUAAUUUAAAACUUAGCAAAUGAAAAAAAAAUAUGUUGUGAAUAUAAACACCACAGAUUAAAGAAUGAUACAGAAUGAGUCUUUAAAAGCGCGCGGUAAAGCCGGUGAAACGCAAAAAAAAUGUCACGCGUCUCCGUGACAAACUUGUUUCCUAAUUUGUAUUUCAAAACUUUAACUAACAACAAUUACGUAAAUUAAUAUCUAGACUAAUAAUCAAACCUUUAAAAAUAUUUCCAUCUUAUUUCUUUAGUUUUUGUAAACAGUUUUUAAAAUAGUUAAAACAUCAGACGCCAUUUUUCUUGAAUAAUAAUUUGAGAAUUGCUGAUGCAAAGCCUUGUGUCGUACUGACUCGAGAAUGUAUUAGUUUUUGAUGUAUUUGAAUAUUAUUCUUUAAUCUGUGAUAAAUACAAAGAAAAAUAUAAUUAAUUCAAAUCACAUACAUAAUAUAUGUUCCCUGUUGCCGAUGUAUCUCUAUAUAUUUUUUUCUAAAAAUCCUUUAAGAACAAGUAUCCACGACCAUAUAAUAAUUUAAAAAAAAAAAUCUGCCCACUUCCCCCCUUUAGGGUGCAUGACUGUUUUACAUGUUUUGAUUGUAAUCAUAAUUAUUGUUGAUUUAAAGUUACAUUAUUACUAUUAAUAAAUUAUAUAAAGCCUCAUUUAAAAUUUUUAUUUAUUUCUUUUUAUUGUAUAAUACUUUAAUUAUUUUAUUGAUAAUAAUAAAAUAGAAAAUGUACUAUUUCCACUUGUGUAUUUAAAUUAUUUAAACUUGGCAUUUUAAAACAUUCAUUCAUUCUGUAGAUGAAUGCAGCAAAUUCUUUUCAGGCACUUUUCAGCGUAGACAGAGAAGUCAUUAGACAAUUGAUUGGCAUGCUGUUGUAAGUCAAAAGAUAUACAGGACUGUACAAUUUUUUCACCAAUUUAUUUUUAGCUAACUUGUUGCAAAUUAUAAGUAUAGUAAGUUCAAUUCACGAAGGCUCCCCACUCUUUGUCUUUUUUUUUAUUUUUACUUGUAGAUAAAUAUGAAAUUUAUUUUGAUUUAAUUUUGUGUGCGUGUGCACACAUUGCUAUUCGUUGCGUAGUAAUAGAACUUACAUUCUUGCAGUUUUCAUUGCAUACUUGCACUGUAAGCGAUUGCAAAAAAAGAGUGGGGGCGUCAUCGUGGAUUGAACUAUCUAUUACCUGUACUUGUAAUUUUGUAACAAGUUCUAACUCACAGUCAAAAUACGUUUAUUCUUGAUUAAAUCAUCGUUGUGCUAAGUCCACACGUAAGUUGAUCUCUGUUGUGUUUUUGAGAGAAUGCGAUGAAUAUUUUCUGUCGGUCUAUUCACUUCUCUGUCUACGUAUCAAAUCAACUUAUUUUGUAUUUCAGUGUCCACGAAUAAGUUGUUCUUUUUUGAAGGAAUACAAGGAUGCUUUCCAUUAUGUAUUGUGUACGUAUUGUAUUCAAUACGAAACGAAUAAUUAUUCGUUUUUCGUUUACUUUUACAGAGUCCACGCAUAAGUUUUUAUAGUCCACGCAUAACUUAACAUGUUUACUUUCUUGACAGAAUGCGAUGGGCGCUUUCUUGCUAUCUUAAUACUUCUCUGUCUACGUUUUUCAGUGUGACGUCAUGUCUUUCGUUUCAUAACUACAAUACUACACAAUCAGUGUUUGUGUGUGUGUGUGUGUGUAAAAGUGCCAAGUUAAAUUAUUUUAGAUAUACAAAUAUAAUUAUUUUGUAAUGUUAUGAUUAGGUUUUUAUGACAUUGAACUGUGACAAAAAGUAAAAAAAAAUAGUAAACAAUGAAAUUUUAACUGUACAUUUUGUUUGAUUACAUUUUUUAUUUAAACUGCAUAGCUGUAAUAAAAUUGUAUUGAUUAUGCAGUUACUGUUCAAUUGAAAAUAAAUUUGAAAAACUUAUAACUGGAUUUUUUAUGAAAAUAUAUAUAAUAUAGGUAAAAACAAAAUAUUCUGAAGUAAAAACUCAAUAUCUCGAAUCCUGGACUUCUUGAUCCGUUGAACUACUUAAUUACUUGACCAAUGGACACUGUAUGUCUGUGUAAUCAGAUGCAAUCAUUAUGACGUCUCCGAAAUAAGCUGCACAAGGUUUUUAACUGGGGUAUGCACUAUAAGUAACAAUUCGAAAAUUUCUUGCCCAACUAUGUAUUAUAUAGUCCAACAUAGGUUUGUUAUAUGGGGAUAUGCCAUGCCGCCGCGCCCCUACGUUAUCUUUGAUACCUAAAAUCUUCUAUUUCGCAGCUUAUCGCGCGAUGUUCCGAAACGUCAUGAAGUUUGCAUCGUACUAUACCUAGACUCCGUAUCAUGAAAAAGUCCCGCGGCUAAAACCUUAACAAAUUACAUUAUUUACAAAUGACAAUUAGCACCGCGUCUACUGGACUUGUUUCGUGGCGCGGAGUUUAAUUUCAUUGUAAUUUGUUUCGCUGUUGUCGAGUAAAUAAGUAAAUGGUGUAACUGGCUGGACUUUUGUUUUGUAUAGGUAUAGAUGAAAUAUUUGUGUUCAUUUGAGCGCCAUUUAUGAAUUUAUAAAAAUUAAAUGUUAUCACAUUUCUCCCAUAGAUGUCGUUGUAAUUGUAGACAGAGAUUUUAGUAUUUUAGUCGAGUACGAACGAUUCUUAGGCGGAAAAUACAAAAAAUCGUUUGUACUCGACUAAAAUACUAAACUAGUCCGAACUAGGUUAAAUUUUUUGUUAUUUGAAUAUGUUAAAACCACAGAUUGAAGAACUAUUUUACUGUGGUAAAAAAUAUCUAUGGUUAAAACAAUAUUUUAUUUUAUAAAUGCGUUAUGGGCUCUGGGUUCUAGCCUUUUUGAGUCAAGAGUUUUUUUUUGUUAUUUACGCUGUAGAAUUAUUCUAAUUGUAUUCCGUAUUUUCUCAUUUAACUUUUAUAAAACUCAGAAGCUGUAUUCUAUGUUUACCAAAAGUCUGUAUUUUGAAAUGAAAAAGUAGAUUUUCUUAUUUUGAAAAUUAAUACUUCAAUGCAUAAACAGUAAAGAGUUAUAUUUUGAAGAUGAAAAAUCGCAAAAGCUUAUUUUGAUGUAUUUGUUUCAAACUAUAUAAUUACAUUACAAAGUAUAUAAUAUUGUAUUGUUACUGUAAACUAACAUUGGUCGAAGUAAUAAAAGUUUAUAUUUUUACUA